AGGUUGCAAGCGGUCUUCUUUCAAUAAAUUGCAAGAAUUUUAUGUUAUCAAGUCUGAUGUAUAAUUUGAAACGUUAUAAGAUGGUUGUCUAGCUGCAUUUGAGCUAGCUAACGCUAGCUAGCCUAGCUGGAUAUCAAUUUAGUUUGAGUAGAUCCAUUCAUAUGUCAUAUACAGCUGCGAAAUCGUCAGUCAGCUAGCUAGCUGGUCAGAAUUUAACUGGAAGUUUUUCGGUGCUCUUGCGUUUCCAUACUCACAGUUGGAGUUAUUCUCCAACUACGAAAAUCUCAAAGCGAACCUAAAGGGACUGCCAGGAUGCCUGAGAUUAAAGUAACUCCCCUGGGAGCUGGGCAAGAUGUUGGUCGAAGCUGCAUUCUGGUCUCGAUUGGUGGCAAAAACAUCAUGCUGGAUUGUGGAAUGCACAUGGGGUACAAUGAUGACAGGCGUUUCCCGGAUUUCUCCUACAUUACCCAAAACGGACGUCUAACAGAAUUCUUGGACUGCGUCAUAAUCAGCCAUUUCCAUCUGGACCACUGUGGGGCACUGCCGUACAUGAGCGAGAUGGUGGGUUAUGAUGGACCCAUAUACAUGACCCAUCCUACCAAAGCCAUCUGCCCUAUCCUGCUGGAGGACUUCAGGAAGAUCACUGUGGACAAGAAGGGAGAGACUAACUUCUUUACCUCACAGAUGAUCAAAGACUGCAUGAAGAAAGUGAUUCCACUGAACCUCCACCAAACAGUUCAGGUGGACGAUGAAUUGGAGAUCAAGGCUUACUAUGCAGGACAUGUCCUCGGGGCUGCAAUGGUGCAGAUCAAAGUAGGAGCCGAGUCAGUGGUCUACACCGGGGAUUAUAAUAUGACUCCAGACAGGCAUUUAGGAGCGGCUUGGAUUGACAAGUGUCGUCCGGACAUCCUUAUCUCAGAGUCCACCUACGCCACCACCAUCCGGGACUCUAAGCGCUGCCGGGAGAGGGACUUCCUGAAGAAGGUGCACGAGACAGUGGAGAGAGGAGGAAAGGUCCUUAUUCCGGUCUUUGCCUUAGGACGAGCCCAGGAACUUUGCAUUCUUCUGGAGACAUUCUGGGAGAGGAUGAACCUUAAAGCCCCCAUCUACUUCUCCACUGGCCUCACAGAGAAAGCCAACCACUACUACAAGCUCUUCAUCACGUGGACCAAUCAGAAGAUCCGCAAAACCUUUGUGCAGCGGAACAUGUUUGAGUUCAAACACAUCAAGGCCUUCGAUCGCUCCUACGCCGACAAUCCUGGGCCAAUGGUGGUGUUCGCCACUCCAGGAAUGCUGCAUGCUGGACAGUCUCUCCAAAUAUUCAAGAAGUGGGCUGGAAAUGAGAAGAACAUGGUCAUCAUGCCAGGCUACUGUGUGCAAGGCACUGUGGGAUACAAGAUCCUGAGCGGUCAGAAGAAGCUGGAGAUGGAGGGAAGAACAACGCUGGACGUGAAGCUGCAGGUGGAGUACAUGUCCUUCAGCGCCCACGCCGACGCCAAGGGCAUCAUGCAGCUCAUCCGCAUGGCGGAGCCGCGCAACGUGCUGCUCGUCCACGGCGAGGCCAAGAAGAUGGAGUUCCUCAAGGAGAAGAUCGAGCAGGAGUUCAGUAUCAGCUGCUUCAUGCCAGCCAAUGGAGAGACGGCCACAGUUACCACCAACCCCAGCGUGCCAGUUGACAUCUCUCUCAACCUCCUCAAGAGGGAGGCUGCCCUUGGAGGGCCCUUGCCUGACCCAAAGAAGCCUCGAACAAUGCAUGGGACCCUCAUCAUGAAGGACAAUAGUCUGCGGCUGGUGUCCCCGGAGCAGGCCUUGAAGGAGCUGGGGCUGAACGAGCACCAGCUGCGCUUCACCUGCCGGGUGCAGCUGCAGGACCCCCACAGCGACACCGACACCCUCGGCAGGGUGUACGCCCACCUCAAGAGUGUGCUGAAGGGGUACACCAUCCAGCAUCUUCCUGACGGGACAGUCAUGGUGGAAUCCAUCGUCAUCAAGGUGUCCUCAACCUCUGAAGAUCCCAACACCAAGGUUCUGCUGCUGUCCUGGAGUUAUCAGGAUGAAGAACUGGGGAGCUUCCUGUCAACACUGCUGAGGAAAGGGCUACCAUCAGGAUUGUGCUGAAGACUCUUCUAGAUCAUCUUGAA